AUGUCAGCGGAAAACAACAACGGGAAGGAUUUUGUCGCUGCUGUGUUUUUACAAGAGAGUGUUUGUUAUGCAUCGUUACACUUCACGGGAAAUGAAGGAACAACCGUACAUAUAGAAGCUUUCGAUUUCUCGAACACAACUACCAUUGGCAAAGACUUGUGGGCUAAACAGGAUCUGAUUUCUGAAAUAUGCUUUGACGUGAAGAGUGAAGCAACAGCCACGAAAGGGAUUAGAGUAACGGCUAGUGAUGAUAUAUCGGUGGCUGCUAUGACUACAGAACAUCGACACAAAAGCGAAUCGUUCCUUGUUCUACCUACGAGUCAACUAUCAAUAGAGUACUAUGCAGUUUCUGCCAUUGGGAAUUGCGCGUAUUCAAAACUCAUGAUAAUAGCCACUGCCACCAGCACCGAGAUCACACUAACGUUGAGAGUAUUCAGUGGCAAAUGCACCGACUCUGGCCAUGAGGACGGCAAAACGAUCAAAGUGAAACUGGACAAGAUGGAAGUCUUCGGUCUGUAUUGCAAUAAGGACAUUACUGGCACUCACAUAAUAAGUUCCAAACCUGUAGCUGUGGUCUCUGGUUGUCAUAGCACUAGAACAUCACGAAACGGGGCAUUUGACCCAGUUGCAGAUAUGCUCAUCCCAGUUCAACUGUACGGGACCAACUACAUCCUGUACAAUAUCAAUACAGUGCUCCCAGUUGUCUAUCGGGUAGUAGCAGCUGCUGACAAUACCGAUAUUGUUCUCGCAGGUCAAGCUGACCACGUUCUUCAAGAAGGGGGAUUUAUCGAUAUACGUACCACUGGUGCAGACUGCCUGACUGCAAGCAGUCCUGUUCUUGUUGUUGCAUUCACUGAGCAGACCUCGAAAUUUGGGGAUCCUCUCAUGGCAGUUGUCCAGUCGACAGAUCAUUUUAUGAGUUCAUACUUAGUGUAUGCUCAAGCGAACCCAAUUACCGAACGUACGAAGGCCUUGAUAGGACUAGUCAGUUCUCUCCCAAAUAUUGACGCCAUUGUCUCAGGGGCUGAAAUGACUGAAGUGGCUAAACAUGCUGCAUGUGGAUUUUCUAUCGGUACAUUUGAACUCAGUUCUGACUCUGUGGUAAAUCUACAAUCCUCAAAGCCUUUCGGACUGCUGUACAUCGGAGUUGGGACAUACAAUGGAAUGGGAUAUUCUGGUGGCUUCAAAAACGGUAAAUAG